AGUUGCCCAGAGAGUUUCUCAAACUUUUUGUGCCAAUAAAAUUCAAUGGAUUUUUCCGUACCAUCGAUUUUCGAAUGAAAUAUCGGAAACGACGUGUCAUUCUAAUGAGAGGUCGACUGUUUAAAAUUCGAAAUGCUGUGAAGCGAUUGUACCAGCAAGGCUAUGUCGUUCAACGCCAAAAGAGCGACUAUUUGAAGAGAAAACGUGAAGCUAUCCGCCGUCAUCUGUUGAACGAGUUCUCAAAUGGUUACAUUGACUGGCUAAUUUCUUAUCCAUUGCGACGAUUGCAAGGGAUGCGCUUCAAAGAUGGUUCCAGCAGAAAACCACGCUUCAUUUCCGAGCACAUUGACGAAAAUUCAUCGACACCACUCAUUCGACAAGUCCUACUGAGAAACGCAUCGUCAUCACCUUCAAGUUGUAGUCGCAACCGAAGCAGCAGCCAUUGAUGACAUCCAAAACACAAACACUUGUUCUCUAUCAUGAAAAGAAAUUUGUUCAUACGUUUAGAACUGUUGUACUUUUCGCUUAUCUAUCGGUUAAUGUGGUUUGAAUGUGGACCGACUGUCUGGAUCAUGAUGACUUUGAUUCAAGUAUUUUGAAUUCAUUUAAUCGAAUUCGUUCGGCAAAAGUUUAAUCGGUUUUUGGGAUAAGAUGGGAAAUGAGGGAACAACGAUUUAAAUAAACGAAGAAUAACGAAUUGAUGGAAAGAAAAACAUACGGAACAUUGAGAAAAAAAGAACAUUUGAAAAAAUAGGAAAAAACCAUUACAAAAUGAAAACCAUCAAAAAUACAAUGAAGAAAAACAUCCCAGAAUAUUUGGUAGAAAAACAAUCCAAUAAUCAUUGAGCAGAAAAAAGUAAAAUGAAGAGAAAAAAACUCAAUCGAAGGGAGAAAAAUGUACUGAUUGAAAUUUACAUUGAUUGCCCAUAUUUAUUUGACUCCUUAU